CAAUUUUGCUGUUUGCCAACCGCCAAUAAAUAAGAAGAAUCCCUUUUUGUCUCCAAAUUCUGUUUUUUAACCACACGAACCGCAUUAAUGUCCGCUAAGCGAAGACACGAUGACAACGAAGCGGACGGAGCUGUUUCUUCCAACAAGAAACAGAAGAGACAAGAAGCUGCUACUUCCAACAUGAAACAGAAGAAGAGACAAGUAGCUGCUACUUCCAACAUGAAACAGAAGAAGAGACAAGCAGCUGCUUCUUCCGACAUGAAACAGAAGAAGAGACAUGUAGCUGCUACUUCCAACAUGAAACAGAAGAAGAGACAAGUAGCUGCUACUUCCAACAUGAAACAGAAGAAGAGACAUGUAGCUGCUACUUCCAACAUGAAACAGAAGACGAGACAUGUAGCUGCUCUCAUUUUAGCACGGGGGGGAAGCAAAGGCAUUCCGCUUAAAAACAUCAAGCCCUUAGCCGGGGUCCCCCUUAUCGGAUGGGCGCUGAGGGCUGCUGUGGACUCCGAAGUGUUUGAUAGUGUGUGGGUAUCAACGGACCACGCCGAGAUUAAGAAAGUUGCUGAGGCAUGGGGUGCUCAGGUGCACCAGAGGAGUCCUGAAGUCUCCAGAGACUCUACUUCAUCAUUAGAAACUAUCCAAGAGUUUCUUGAAUACCAUAAUGAGGUGGAUAUAGUUUGCAACAUCCAGGCUACAUCCCCGUGCCUCCAUCCGUUCGAUGUGAGGGAAGCCUUAAAAAAGAUCACAGAGGACGGCUAUGACUCCGUCUUUUCAGUGGUCAGGAGACACCAGUUUCGGUGGAAGGAGGUAGAUGAAUUAUCUGAUGAAAAAACUAAGGCGUUAAAUCUGGACCCAGCCAACCGGCCGCGGCGUCAGGACUGGCCCGGAGAGCUGUGUGAGAAUGGCUCGUUUUACUUCACCACAAAAGAUCUCAUUAAGACGGGACAGUUGCAGGGCGGUAAGUCAAUCUACUAUGAGAUGCUGCCGGAGUUCAGUGUGGACAUAGAUGGAGACAUCGACUGGCCUGUGGCAGAACAGAGGGUUCUCAGGUACGGCUACCCCGGAAAGGUAGUCCGCCUGCUGUUCUGCAAUGUUUCUGCAUGUUUAGCAGAAGGAAUCAACGCUCUGUCUAGUAAUACCAGAAACACAUCUGCUAUUCACAUGCUGCAGGAAAAACAAGUGGAGGUCAUGCUGUUGACCUCCAGGAAUAACACUGUGGCCCAGUCUUUGGCUGACAAACUUAAAAAAAGGACAGGGUGCGAGGUCAGGGAGGUGGGAAAGAAGCCGCUGAAUGAUUUGCUAGAGGUCAUGAAGAAAAGGAGUCUGGACUGGAAAGAUGUGGCAUUCAUGGGUUUUGAUCAAGCAGAUGAGAAAUUGCUGAAGCUGGCAGGUUUGAGUGCAGUACCCGGGGAUGCUCCAGAGUUGGCCUCAAAGGCUGCGAAGUACAUCUGCCACCUUUCUAGGGGAUCAGGAGCUGUGUGGGAUUUUGCUGAGCACAUUCUCCUGCAUAAACCAAUGGCAAAACCUUAGUAGGACCACAUAAUUUGUAAGAACAUUUAAUGGCAGAUGAAUUUUGAUAAAUGGAAGAAAUCCAAAUAAUUAAAAUUAGAAAUAUCAAGAGACGGGUUUGUAAUAAUGGUAAAAAAGCAGAUCCUCAUUCAAUUCUAAGGUUUUGUAUAUCAGGACAUAAUAAAAUAAUCAUCUGGUCCUCACCAGUUGUUAAAAAUGGGGAAAAGCAACCUUGGAUGUGCAAAAACACAUGGCCUACUACACUUUGUCACCAUUUAACAGAAGCUAAGUCAAAAUGCAGAAGAAGGUUAGCAGCACCUGCUAGUCAAAUGCAUUUGAUUAAUUUAUCAUCAGCAUGUGUGAGGAGCUCUAUUAAAGCAGAGGGUUGGCAGUUUUUAAGGUCCAGAGCUCUCACCUGUGUGUUAACGCAAUGACACAUGCUUCCCAGAUCCCAAGGUCAGACUGUGCAGUGUUCAAAGAAACUGCAAAAAACAAAAAAACAGAAAAAGACUUAACAAGUAUGGCUUAUUUGGAAGGGUUGCUAGCAGAAAGUCUCGUCUUCUAAAAACAGGUCGAGGAAAGUGUAUCUGAACAAGACUUCUGGAACGAUGUCCUUUGGACAGACCCAGCUAAGGUGGACAUGUUUAGCCCUAAUGCACAGCACCAUGUUUGGAGAAAACCAAGCACAGCAUCAGCAGAAACACCAAUCAGCUGUCAGACACGGUGGUGUGGUCACUGAGUCGACCAUGACCACCU